GUUAAAACAAAACCUGUACAAGGGUAGGAUAAGAAUCUCCACACAGACCUCUGGACUUACCUACCACUUCAGUGUUAAAAAACAAAACCUGUACAAGGGUAGGAUAAGAAUCUCCACACAGACCUCUGGACUAAUCUACCACUUCAGUGUUAAAAAACAAAACCUGUACAACAGUAUAGGAUAAGAAUCUCCACACAGACACCUCAUCAUGAUAAGUGAUUCCGUAGUCCGGGGAUCCAGCCCCGUGAAAGUGACCCCCAGUCAGGAUUCCAAUAAGGAGGGAAUUCAAGACGAAACAGAAGAACUGGAGAGAGCUCGAAGGGAAAAGAAACCAUUCUUUUACUGUAGGCUAGUGGCGAAAUACCCCGUCAAGUGUUUUGUAAUAACUUUGUCGUGUCACAUUGCCAUGGUGAUUAUAUCCGGAAUUCUCCUAGCAACAGGGUUCAACCUCUUUCCAACAAACUUCGAGAAACUUCCGAUGGAGCUUUAUGACAUUCCGUACAGAGUAAGAGAUUACGCUUGGCAGGACAAAGACAGCUACAGCAAUAAAAUUAAGAGGACUCUUUCACAACAGGUUGUGCAAGAGAGAGGUCUUUUUUCAGUGUUCUCUUCAAUUGACUUGUUUUACGACACAGACGGAGGAAAUAUCUUCACGAAAGCCAACUUGCAGAGGAUACAUAAUAUUGAAAACGAUCUGGCCAGUUCAACAUCCUAUUCCUCUGUUUGUAUGACGCACAACGACACACUAGCUUGUAAACCUUUUAAGUCUGUUUUGAGGUAUUUCGAUGGAACAUACAAACAAGUUAGCGCUACAUUAGACGACCCUAACUUUAAUAACAUAGCUGCCGUUCUUUAUGAAGCUUUCACAAACAAUGCCACUAAGGAAGAUUUUCAGUUCUUUCUUCCCAAAGGAUAUAGCUUGACUGCUACACAUGCGCAUGGAACUAUCACACGAUCAAUUUUGCGAGUAGGAUGUUCCAUAAAUGGCUCUACUAAGUGCUUAGCAGAUACAUGGAAAAAGCAAGCUUUGACUUAUUUAAAAGAUGGUAUUCAGACAAAACUGAAAAAAUAUGUAGACGAGUCUACAGACGACUUUAAAUUUUACUUCUUCUGCACUAAUUUGUGGUUGUCGGAUACUCUCAAACAAGCCAUUUUGGACAUGUUAUGUGCCGUUGGCAGUAUGCUAUUCAUCUUUUGUUUUAUGUUGUUUCACACCAGGUCUUUUUGGAUCGCCGGAUUUGCCAUUCUAAGCAUUCUUUUAAGUUUUUUAGGAACAAAUAUUAUAUAUACGGGUGUUAUUGACUUUCAAUAUUUCGGUUUCUUUCAUAUCUUGUCCAUUUUUAUCAUUUUGGGUAUUGGAGCGGAUGACCUUUUCGUGUUUUAUGAUAACUGGCGACUUACAGCGUUUUCCACGUACCCAAGUCUCGCACAUCGUCUGUCAGAUGCUUACUCAAAGUCCGUCCUCAGCAUGUUUAUCACGUCACUAACCACGGCCGUUGCCUUUUUCUCCAGUUCCAUUUUUUCACUUCUAGCCACUCGAUCCUUUGGUAUUUUUUCCGGAGUACUUGUUAUUUACAAUUAUAUGUCUGUGAUUAUAUUCUUCCCUACUGUGAUAACAGUGUAUCAUUUGAAAUUUGAACAGUGGAACUGUCCUUGUUGUCGAAAAUGCAAGGAGAAAGAGGAUGAAACCACUUCAGAGAAGACUAAAACUGGCGUAACUAACGAGGUGUUUGUUAUAAAAGAAUUAGAAUUAACCGUGGAAGACACAAAGUUACCUAAGGGUGGCACUAAUGGAAGUGUUGUUAAUGUUACCGUCAAUGGAAAUCCCGUUUCCAACAUUAAAGAAAAAUCUACGCUAUCAAGUAGCUAUGCCAAUGGAAUAGCAAAUGGCAAAUCCGCUAAUCUGAAUGGACAUGCAAAUGGGUUUAUUGCAAAUGGUAAACCUUCUGCUAACGGAACUAUCAUAACGUCAGAGAACAAGAACACACAAGACUCAUUGGUUGUCAAAGCCUUGCAUAAAAAGAAGCAGAAAAAAUUGACAGUGUUUUUCAGAGACUAUUACCUCCGCUUCAUAACGAACAAAAUCACAAGAUGUAUUGCUAUUCCCGUCUAUGCUGUCGUGGUAGCGUUCCUCGCCUACUCUGCGUCCACUCUACAGCCAGAUAACGAAGAGCUUCAGAUCUACAAGAAAUCUCACUUCUACACAAAAGCCCAAAACAAAGAGUUGUAUUCAUUUGUUAAGAAUGUGGACGACAAUUUGGUGAAAAUCUAUAUUGUUUGGGGAAUCUCUGAAAAAGACCGGAGUGAUUGUCAUUUCUCAUCCGUAGAUUGUCGAGGUAACCAAGUGUACGACUCCUCCUUUAAUCCAAACCCUCUAGACAACCAGCUGGCUUUAAUGAGUUUCUGUAACUCGUUCUACAGUAUGUCACCGUCAGAAUUGAGUAUGUACAAAAUAAAAACAGACAUAUCUGGGAAUCCAGAAGUCGCUUGCUUCACAAGAGAUCUUGAUACAUAUCUAAAGUCGCUUUCUAUAGGCGGGUUGAACCUGUCGCUGCCCUGGGAUUCAGCAAGAAUGCUGUCAUUCAUGAACGCUCAACCAACCUAUUACGACCCUACUGGAUUCUCUUCAUAUACAGACUGGCUGUCGAUCCCUAUGCAGUACUGGAUGUAUGCGGGCUAUUCUGGGAACUACACGGCAGACUACGGUGUGUACAAUGAUCUGUUUGGAGAAGAAAAGACAACAUUCAGCAAACAACUCAAAACAGAUAACUCAAUAUACUACGGGAACAAGUUGAAAUACCUUGCUGUGCAGGUGAAUACUACCAUCAAUAAACGGAUAACUGGGUACUCGACUGGUAUACCUUUAAUUGAGAAGUGGGAGAAACUCAUUGAAAACAAGAUGAAGACAAUGCCAACAGGAGUCAAUAGUGCCGUCCAACUGACCAAACAAACAUGGCAUUGGAUCUAUGUCCUUAAGAAACUUGCAGACAACGCCUUACUUGGAAUCGUGAUCGGGGUGUGUCUCGCCUUCCCCAUUCUCUCUUUGUCCACCAUGAACUUCGUGAUCGGUUUCCUCGCCACAUUUUCUAUCUGUUGUACCACUGUCUGUGUCAUUGGGGUCAUUCCACUGGCUGGCUGGAAACUAGGGUUGUUGACGUCAUUAAAUAUGUGUCUGGUAGUCGGCCUAGCGGUGGAUUUUGUUGUGCACUUGGCGGAAGGAUACACUCUCUCUCUUCACAAAGACAGAUACAACCGGACACUUGACAUGCUAGAGGAAAUGGGGUCUUCAGUUUUCUCCGGCGCAUGCACUACUCUGGGAGCAGCUUUAUUUAUGUUUGCGGCAGAAAUCCAAUUCUUUAUGCAAUUCGGCGUAUUUAUGUUUUGCACAAUCGGGUUUUCUCUUAUAUUUUCAUUAGGAUUGUUUACAUUGCUAGUGGGGUUACUCGGCCCACAGAACAAUACUGGAAAUUUGAAAGUCUUGUUUCAAAAAUGUCGUUCAAGGUGCCAAAGGACUGAUUCCAAGCGAUGAAGUUGAUCCACUGAUCCUUGGAAAUGACGGGAAACGUCGUUAAAUAUUGUGUCGUUUCAAAUCGUUGUGAGAUUGUUCAUUGUGUCCAUCAUUUCAAUAUUUGAUAGAAUCUCUAUUUUUAUUGUUGUCCGGGACUGAGUAAUCUAAGUAGAGAAGUCCUUGUUUUUGUUAAACUUUUAUUGUUGGCAUCAUGCUUUAAAUCCUAAGAGUGCCAGAAAAAUCCAACCGUCGUGUUGAUGUACUGUGAAUGUUAUACCUUUACAUGUAUCUGUCAAUGGAUGGAUGCUAUAUUUAAAUGAAAGGCCAAGGGUAUAUUUCAGUUCGAAUUUAUCCAAAAUUUUUUUAAUUGUUCCUAUGAAUGGAUUGUUUCCUUGUUACUUUUUUAAUAAAAUAUGAAAUCAA